AUGUUUUUAUCAAUUGAAUUAGAGUGUUUUCAAUUUCCAUCAGUAUUGCCGAUGUUAUCACCUCAAUAUGAAAAAUUAACUAAUCAAAAUUCAACAAUUAAGAUUAAUCUAAAACCAUUGAUGAGAGCUUUAAAAUCAAUUUUUACAUCUUCUACAACAUUAUUAUUCGGCUUGCCAGCUUUUGCAUAUUUCAUCAAUAAUAAUCUAUCAUUUAUAAUAUUAACAAUAAUGAAUCCACCUACAUUCACUGUCCUUGGAAAUCUUAAAAUUCUCACCACUGGUCUAUUCUCACAUAUUUUUCUUAAUAGGAAAUUGAUUCGAGUUCAAUGGGCUUCAUUAUGUUUAUUGUUUCUUGGUACAACCGUGGCUCAAAUACAUUUUACAAAUGAUGGUGCAUUUGAGUUCUCAGUUUCACCAUUAGGAUUUCUUCUGAUCAUCAUAUUUGCUUCGAUAUCAGCUGGUGCAUCUGUUUAUACAGAGUUUGUAAUGAAAGAUAAAUUUGGUCAAGAGUCAAUGCAUUUACAAAAUAUUAAGCUUUAUUUAUUUGGAAUAUUAUUUAAUGGAGGUGUUUACCACUUUAAUUCCUUUUAUAGUGAUGGAUUGUAUGAACUUGAUGAGGAUGACAGUGAUGCAGUAGUAGUAAAGGGAAAAACUUUCUUUUCGUCUUUAUAUUUAAUACAUUUUUUAAUUAUAGGAGCAGCUUGCUCAAUGGGAUUAAUAACUUCUGCCAUAAUCAAAUUUUCUGGUAGCAUAACAAAAGUUUAUGCAAAUAGUAUGGCAAUGUUUUUCUCUUCCUUUGUAAGCUAUUUCUUUAUAGAUGGUUAUAGGCCAACAAUAUGGUUUUUCUUGGGUGCUAUGACAUGUUGUAUAGCUGUACAAAUGUAUACAAAUGGUGUAAAUAAUGGGGGGCACAAUGGCAGUAAUAAAAGUGGUGGAAAGGAUGGUGAAAGUAGUAAUAAUCAUAAUAGUAGUGAUGCUGAUUUUGUUUGUAAUAUUAAAGCUGCUAGUGGAUCUUCAAAUGAUUAUUUAAUUAGAAAAAAUAAUGAAAAUAAAUUAAAUGAAAAAGAUUAA